UCAAUCUUCAAAAAGAUACCCUGUACCUUUAAUAAGAGAACUGGUGAAAGUUUUCUUUCCAAACUUGUUCCCUGGCUUCCAAGUGACGAAAUGAGCUGUAAUUUGAGAGUCCUGCAAUCCUCAGGAUAUCUUUAGCCAAGAGGAAAGAAAGCUCUGCAUUCCCACCCAGUCCAGGGGUUGAAAUAGUGUCAGAACAGUUUCCCUUAGCUACUAGCUCCAUCUCUUUGGAGCCAGAGGGAACUCCGAAGGUGACCGCAGAGCCAGCGCCUGGAGCAACAGGUCCUCACUCUGUGGGUCUGGCUGUCCUGCUGGAAAAGCAAAGGAUCAGGUCCAGGUAGAGAGAGGACUAGAAACGCUGAGGAGCCUGGUGCACACCGCUGCUGCGCAGAGCCACAUGAAGCCUGUGGAGGAACCAGGAUCACAGAGCAGCAAGCGCGCUGCGCCUGAGGAGGGCGCCUUCACCCGAAGCCGCUGACUCCCGAGUGACUUCUUUCCUUGUUCCUGGACUAAAACGCUUCUCCCGAAUAUCCAGAAUGGUGUUCCUGAAGUUGAUCUGGAUGACUUUCUUCUGCCACCUGUGCCGAGGCUACUUUGAUGGCCCCUUGUACCCAGAAAUGUCUAAUGGGACUCUGCAUCAUUACUUCGUGCCUGAUGGAGACUACGAAGAGAAUGAUGAUCCUGAGAAAUGCCAGCUGCUCUUCAGGGUGAGUGAUCGCCGGCGCUGCUCACAGGGGGAAGGGGGCCAAGCCAGUAGCUUAUUGAGCCUCACUCUUCGAGAGGAGUUCACAGUACUGGGCCGCCAGGUGGAGGAUGCUGGGCGAGUCCUGGAGGGCAUCAGCAAAAGCAUCUCCUAUGACCUGGAUGGGGAAGAGAGCUACGGCAAAUACCUGAGGCGGGAGUCCCACCAGAUCGGGGAUGCCUACUCCAACUCUGACAAGUCCCUCACUGAGCUGGAAAGCAAGUUCAAGCAGGGCCAGGAGCAGGAUAGCCGGCAGGAAAGCAGACUCAAUGAGGACUUCCUGGGGAUGCUGGUCCACACUAGGUCCUUGCUGAAGGAGACACUGGACAUCUCUGUGGGGCUCAGAGACAAAUAUGAACUGCUGGCACAUACCAUCAGGAGCCAUGGGACCCGCUUAGGUCGACUGAAAAGUGACUAUCUGGAGGGUGGGGGACAGAAGACAGGCUAAUAUUUCCAUUGUAACUGCUUUAUUUUAUCCAAAUUUGCACUUUCAGAAUGUGUCUGAAGUCAUCUUUUUUUUUUUACAAAAGGAAAACUUUAAUAAGUUUAGUUAUUCUGAAUUUGGUUUGGUUUUGUGCAUUAUUUAUGUUAUUAUUAAGGAUUUUUCAUGUGCAAAAAGCAAUUUUAAACUAAUCCCUGGGUAAUUUCUUAAAGGGUUUCAUUGCUCUAACAGGAUCACCUCUUUCGUCCCCAUCUAAAGGAUGCAUUUGUAUGGAAAGACUGAUUGAACUUCCUCAUCCUGAUGAUUGUCUGCACAUACCUAGUGGGGACGAGGUGGAUGGUUCCUUUGCAUCAGCAAUCUUCUCUUUGGUCUCUGGAGGCUCAGAUGCCUGUUUUGCAGAUAAGGUCCCAGGUGUGUCACAUGCCUGCCAGCCAAGAAAGCUACUUGAUUCUACUUUUGCUCUUAUUUAUUUACCAUGGUCGUAGUUGUUGAUGCUUUGUUGUAAGAGUGUUAUUGGGAAUUUGCAUGCAAAUCACCACCAGGAAAAUAUUCAAGGUUCCAUUGGGGGUUUGUGUAAGUUGAAGAUGCAGCAUUUAAGAUAGGAAAGCUUUGGGGCAGUUGUCCACUCUUGAUGCAGUCUUACUGUGUCUUUCAUUGCACCAUCAAAGAAACAGAUUGCUUAAACACUCCUCAAGUGUCUAUGAUUUAAGUUGCCAGCACAUUUUUUCUUCUAGGGCUCGGGUAGUAUUGCUUAUUUUUGCUUAUCGUAAACUUAUAUUUCAAGAAGGAGGAUCUGACUCUAGAAACCCCUUACAUAAGUUUUAUUAUUCAGCCAAUAAAUGUUUUCAUAUAAUACUGGCUUGUUUUCUAAUUUACAGUCAUAACUCUCAUAUUUCAAAGAGGGACCAGUGCAAAGGAAAGAGGAGAUAGGAUUGAAGCCAAUUUACCAGAAUUUAUGAUAUGGAUGAGAUUUUUAAAAGAAAGAAGGGGGAAAGGGUGCUAUAUUUUUGAGUACCUUACCCUGUCUGCUCACAUACACCAUCCGAAUAAGGGGGUGGGGGUGGGGGUGGGAUCUAGAACCUGUACCAGAACUGUACAUUUGAUUUCCACUCUUCUGAUGGAAAAAUCUUAAAUUUCUCCCAUUUUUCAUAGACUCCAUUGGAAAUGUGUAAAAAAAAUGGUCCAUACCUUCUGUGCAUUCAUUCUAGAGAGGCACCACUACAUACAUUCUGUGUUAGUGAUGUCAAACAAUUUGAAAACUACUUCUGUGCUCUUAAAAUAAAUGAAUUAAAAUGUAAAAAUGCAUUUUAUUUCAAUCUUUUCCUGGGCUAAUACUCAUCAGCACCUUAAAUAUACUCUCUUUUCACAUGCAUCCAUACACUAAGUAUGUAAGAAUUCACAUUCUGUUCAUCAGAGAGCCUAUUUUUCUAUCUUCUAUAUAAUGAAAGGAACAACAUUUAUCAGCUGUGUACAUUUUUUUCAGGGGAAAGGUAAACAGUUAUUUUAAAAAGCUUCCUUUUUUAUUCUGCAAAAAAUGAGGAAAAACUUAAUCAGAACAAAUACAACAUUUGGUAUUUGCAUGUACAUAAAGUAACGUGGUUUCCUGCCUCAAAAUGACAAUAUUGCCCCCAAAGCACUCAGCUACAGCAUACAGACAGACAAAUCAAAUGGAAUCUUCUUAUUUUGCCAGUUGUAAUAGGAUAUUGGAGUGUACUGAGGCUGGAAAAUUGUUUUUCUUCUGCAUGUCAGUCUCAAUCAAUUGGUAAUGGCUGCCCACCAGAUUAUGUUAAGAAUGAUCACAUAGGUACAAAUGAGUGCUAUUCAACUUUAGAGAUAUCCCCAUGGGAGGAAGAAGAGGCACCAUGGCAUGUCUGCUACAGAUCUGAAAACUGGAAUAGACUUCAGACUUCAGACAAGCUUCUUUUUAGUGCUAAUAUUCUGUAUUCAAACAAAACCAAAACAUUCCAUUAGGGGGUAGAUAAACAGUCCAUGAUACCCUGAGUCUUAUGGAGAUGAUCUCAGACAGAAAAUGGUAAUUUCCAGGUGAGAAAGAGGUGGUGAUAAGAGACCUUGACAGACAGUCCAGAAGAUGACAUCACUAGGCACUGUCUGACCUUAUGGCAGGGACCCCGGCUCACAGAGACCUCCCACCUACUUUGUCAUUAGACAUUUUACUUGAUUACUCAUACACUGAUAAACAUUUUCUGAAAGCAUUGGGCUUUAUUUCUUAGACAAUGAAAUGUUUGAGAAUCAGGGAUAAAUCACAUACUCUCUUCCCUGAGAAAUCUACUUACAAACAUAUCCAUGCAACCUAGAAUAUUUUUGUUUGUUUUGUUUGUUGCCAGUGUUUGUCAGCCACAUAUUCUGUUCCAGGUACUGAACUAGGUUGUGGGUAAUUCUUGGAAAUUACACAACCUCUGGACUCCAUCUAUGAAUCAAACGUUUUUGGAAGUGUUAUUUAAAACAGAAAGCAACCUCAUUGUUGUUGUAGCUACUAUUAGGCACAGUAAAAACAAAAUAGCUAACAUUUUCGAAAAGUCAAGAUUGCUAGUAAGGGCCAUCACUAAGAAGUAAUUUAUUUCUUUUCUUUGUAACAAUAAAUGAUGUGAGGAAUUGUAUGCAGAUAAACAGUUAAGUUAGUUGUGUUACAUUGCUGUGAUAAAAUACCCUGAGAAAAACCACUGAGAAAUGAAAGGCUUUAGAUCAAGCUUUCAGAAGUAUCAUCCCAUGAUCCUCAGGCUCUGUUGCUUCUGGGCACUUGGUGAGGUGUAGAACAAUGGCAGGGUGGAGAUGGUUAAGUAAGGCUUCUGUCCUCACGAUGGCCACAAACCCAAAAGAAAGAGCAAGAGAAGGACGUGGAGACUGUAUAUAACAUCAAGCCCCCAUGAUCACAUUUGCUAAGGCCCCUUCCCUUUAACUAGACCUCAUCAAAGUUUUCAUCAUGUUCCAAGUUUUCUUCAUGUUCUGAGUCCUCAAGAUAAGCCUGUCAAAAAUUUAAUCUAAGGCUAGACUCCAUAAGGUCCAAUUACUUCCCCAGUCUACCUCUCAUGACUCUUACAUUACAGAUGAAUCCUUUAACCAGUGAGACUUUGAUGGCUAGUUCAAAUCUAAACCAUAGCAGGAAAUUAUAUACUGUAUGAGAAGUUGUAAUGCAUUUCAAACAGUACCUGAGGUUGUUCCUAUUUCAGCUAUUAUCAAACAUUUUAUAACUGAGGCCCAGAAAUCCUAGGUACUUCCUUAAGUUAAAACUGUGAUUUCAUAUAAUCAAGUAUGCUACUGCUUUCCAUUGAUGAUUAUGUAAUUGAAUAUGUGAUCAAGUACAUGAUCAUCUAGCCAUCUACUCCAAACACUGUCCUUAACAGUUCAAAUAGUUGAUGCCACAUGAUGUCAAAUGAUGCUAGGCUCCAUUAUAUAUCGAAUCUCAAUUCACUCAUUGAUAAUUUUUUUGUGAGAUGUAUUGUCCCAUACCACCAAGUCUCACGCUCCCAAUCUGACCAUUUAAACAGUUUCAUAUACUAUUUUGAAGCAUUGUGUAGGUGUUUAUGAAUCUGGGGUCUGAUAAUGAAAGAAAACAGGUAUUUAGCUUCUGCAAUUACCAAGCUAGACAGAUAGAAGUAAUCAUGACCAUUAGAAGUCAUAGGGUACUUUGUGUGCACUGCCAAGAUGUUCAACAGCUUACAUGCUUAACCUUAUCUUUUAAACUCUUUUUUAUGGCCCACUAAGGAAACAGGCGCAACACUUUGUGACAGAAGCUUCAAAAAUAAGAUUAUAAACUAUUUUAAUGUCAUAAAGGCAUUCAUAAGAUCUAUCUGCAAUAUGAAAUCACCUUACAUGAUUGUGUGGCCAAACUUCUUUGCAACAUUUUCAGAAACUAAGUAUUAAACUCCUCAUGAUAGAAAAUGUUGCUUGGGUAGAAAAUAGAAAUGGUAAAAAUGCUUUAUAAAUCUUUUAAUGCAGUAUAGAAAACUAUGAGACGUAUCAGAAGUCUUGGUUCUAUAUAGCAUUCAAAAAUGUGUAAGAAUAAUUCACCAAAACAGAGAACAGAAUUCUGUAAAUUAUUUUUGUAAUUUUGACAUUGGGCUAAUCUUUUGGGAAUACUGUGUCGAAAGUGAAACUGUUCAAGGGUAUGUUCCUUAUCAAACUGUGCAACAGUGUGAGAUAACCAGGAUAGAAAUUGCAUAGAUACAGGAGGAAAAGAAUCCUUAAAGAUUUACAGUGUAACGACAAGGGGAAUGAAGAAUGCACCAGGAUGUAAGUCAAAAUUAUCUGUAAAUAUGAAACUUUGUGAACAAAAUAAAGAUUUGUCAUAACUAUACAUUUAA